AUCUUAAAAAAAAAAAAAAGUCCAUAAUUUUUUAUGUGUUAAUUUAUAUAGUUGAAGUUAUCCCAAUUUAUAGUGAAUUUGAAUCAAUCAUUCAUUCUAUUGAAUUAAACAUCUUUGCAUGUGAUUAAUCAACUACAACGCAUCCAAUGUAAAAAAGAAGACUAUUAUGGUCUUUAAACCAAUUGAUACUCCAUAUUUGCAACCUAUAAAUAAUGCAAUCAAGGUAGACUUGAGAACCAACCUGAAGCCAAUACAAUAUUUUAAACCUUCAUUUCUACUGAGAUUUCAUGGUGAGAAUGAGAUUCCCUUCCCAAACCAAACUGCUAUCUCUAUUAUUGUCAUUCAUAAUCAUAUGCAAUUUAGUAAGAUGUGAAACAAACGGUUCUUGCAACCAAAAAGAUAAACAAAUACUUCUUUGUUUUAAGCACGGACUCACUGAUCCAUUAGGCAUGUUGUCAUCAUGGUCCUAUAAAGAAGAUUGUUGUGAAUGGAGAGGAGUUCAUUGUGACUUCAAUGGUAGAGUCACCGAGCUCAUCCUCCCUUGCGACGCUUAUGAAAACAAAACACGUUGUUUGUCAGGUGAACUCGAUCUUUCCUUAUUUGAGCUUGAAUUUUUGAACUACUUGGAUUUGAACAAUAAUGACUUCAAAUCUAUACACUUAUCCUUGGAUUGUCAAAACAUGUUAUUAGUUAACACUCCUCAUAGAAGUCGAAACUUUUCCAAUAUAGUUUAUCUUGACUUGUCAUAUAAUCAUAAUCUUGUAGUUGGUGAUUUGAGAUGGCUUCUUCGUCUAUCAUCAUCCUUAGAACAUCUCAUCUUGGAUUCCCUUAAUCUCCACAAACAAACUCAAUGGCUUCAGAUAUUGGUUAUGUUUCCUUUGCUUUCUGAGUUAUCCUUACGUAGUUGCCAACUUGAAAGCGCAAGCCCAUCUCUUCAAUAUGCCAAUUUCACUUCACUUGAAACUAUUGAUCUCUCUAACAAUGAUUUUUUCUCAGAAAUGCCUAUUUGGUUGUUCAAUCUAAGUAGCCUUUCUUAUUUGAAUCUUGGGUACAACCGUUUCCAUGGCCAAAUACCAGAAACUUUGGGAAAUCUUUCAUCAUUAAAAUUCCUCUCUGUUUCUUCAAACAACUUGACUGGAAACCUUCCUGAAAGUUUAGGGAAACUUUCUAAUUUGGAGGAGUUGUUUCUUGAUAGAAAUCCUUUAUUGUCUGGAGUUGUGUCUGAAAGAAAUUUUGCCAAGCUCUCAAAGUUACAAGUGUUAUUGUUGGAUUCACCCACCUUUGUCUUUGAUUUUGAUUUCCAAUGGAUUCCUCCUUUUAAACUUACAGAUCUCGUCUUGGGGUAUGCAGAUCUUAAACAUCUUCCAUGGUUGUAUACACAUAAAUCUCUAAUUUCUUUAGUAAUUAAAAAAUCCAUUUUUAAAAAUGAUUCUGAAGAAAUGUUUUGGAGUUUGGCAAAUAACUGUCCACAUCUUUCUCUAACCGACAAUAACAUGCCUUGGGACAUGUCAAAUGUAGUUUUGAACUCUGAAAUUGUAAUACUUAAUAGAAAUGGUUUGAGCGGUGGUCUUCCCAGAUUAACUUCAAAUGUGAGUGUUUUUCAAAUAAGUGAUAACAAUUUGUCUGGAUCUCUUUCCUCUCUCUUAUGCCAAAAUAUGAGAGAGCAAAGUGAUUUGAAGUACUUGGAUGUCUCUAAUAACUCUUUAUCUGGAGAGCUCACAGAAUGUUGGGGAAAUUGGAAUUCACUUAUUCAUGUUGAUUUGGGAAGAAAUAAUCUAACAGGCAUGAUUCCACACUCAAUGGGUACAUUAUCCAAUCUUUCGUCACUGCAUAUUUAUAAUAAUAAGUUGCAUGGAGAGAUACCUGUGUCAUUAAAAAAUUUACCGAAACUUGUGAUUGUUAAUCUUGGUAGAAAUAAAAUUUCGGGAAAUAUAUCAAAUUGGAUGGGAAAGGAUAUAAAAGUUCUUCAAUUAAGAUCAAAUGAAUUUAGUGGUGAUAUUUCUCUACAAAUAUGCCAACUACAUUCUUUGUUGGUCUUAGAUCUUGCAAGCAAUAGAUUAACAGGGACAAUACCUCAUUGCCUACAUAAUAUCACUGCCAUGAUUUCCAAUAAUACUUUAGAAAGUGAUGAAUUCACAAUUGUUAUCAACUUUAAAAGUAGUUUCUUGAAUGGAAUCGAUUUCAGCAUGAGUUACUCAUAUAGAAUAAAAGUUCCAUUGCUAGCAAAGGGAAGUGACUUAAACUAUUACAAGUAUAUGCGUGUUAUUGACUUUUCUAACAACCAUUUGUCGGGUAGAAUCCCUUUAGAAGUAUUCAACCUCACUGCACUACAAUCCUUAAACUUGUCACAAAAUGAAUUAAUAGGAACCAUACCAGAAGAAAUAGGAAACAUGAAAGCAUUAGAGUCACUUGAUUUCUCAAAUAACACUCUGUCAGGAGAAAUUCCUCAAACCAUGUCUUUUUUGUCUUUUCUUGGAGUGUUGAAUCUCUCCUUCAACAAUUUUCAAGGUAAAAUUCCAUUAGGAACUCAACUUCAAAGCUUUUCAAAUCUUAGUUAUAUGGGAAAUCCUCAACUUUGUGGAACUCCACUCAUAGAACAAUGCAACCACAAUGAAGCCCCGGAUGAUUGUGACACUAAUUUGAUGGAAAAUGAAGAGGAAGAAUCUGAGGUAAUGCAAUGGUUCUAUAUGGGUAUGGGAGUUGGAUUUGCAACAAGCUUUUGGAUAGUAUUUGGUACCCUUUUAUUCAAGCGGACAUGGAGGCAUGCUUACUUCAAUUUUCUUUAUGAUGUCAAAGAUUGCUUCAUGAAUUCGACUCUUUUGGCUGAAAAUUUAUCAGUGAGGUAAAAACAUCAUGGGCUUAUUGUCUUUCGCGACUUUAAUGGACACGUUAUGCCUUGUAUUUGGAAUGUCUUUUGAUUGUGGUGUCUAAUAAACUCUAGUUUUAUUUUCUUUGUCUACAAAAUUAUGUAAUUUAAGUUUUUGUGUGAAUCAUGUCAAAGGUG